CUAUUGACCCCAUCAAGUCUCAGCACCCGUAGCUCGGUACAAGCGCUGCAGGGUGGUUGUUUCCCCUGGCCAUCGCUCGCUAUCGCAUCUCGCAGGCUGGUCGUGCGUAUCGUGAAACCCCAAAAUUUUCAACACCAUCAUCAUGAGAAUUCCCUUUCCUCCAAAACUAUCCACACUCAGGCAGUUCACCAUGUCUACCAGAGACUUGAAAUCCAUCACUGAAGGCUUAGGAAAGUUGGGGUUGUCCCAACCAGAUUCGUCUGCCCAACCACUCUCGCACCCAGACUACAACGUCGUGGACGUCAUGAGAAACUACAUCACUAACGAGUUGCACAACAUCUCCGAGGUCAGCAAGGACAUCAUUUUCCAAGCAUUGGACUCUCCAAACACCUUGGACAAGGGUGACUUGAUCAUCCCAGUGCCCAGAUUGAGAUUGAAGGGCGUCAACCCCAAGGAAAAGGCUGCUGAAUGGGCUGCCAAGUUCGACAAGUCGAAGUUCUUGUCGGAAGUCAAGGCUGAAGGUCCUUUCCUCCAGUUCUUCUUCGACAAGAGCAUCUUGUACAACUUGGUCAUCAAGGACGUCUUGAAGAGAGGCGACAACUACGGUUACUUGCCAUUGGGUAUCAACAAGAAGAUUAUCGUCGAGUUCUCAUCGCCAAACAUUGCCAAGCCCUUCCAUGCUGGGCACUUAAGAUCCACCAUCAUUGGUGGGUUCUUGUCCAACUUGUACGAAAAGGCUGGUUGGGAUGUUGAAAGAAUCAACUACCUUGGUGACUGGGGUAAACAAUUCGGUGUGUUGGCUGUUGGUUUCGAGAAGUACGGCUCUGAGGACGCCUUGAGCUCUGACCCCAUCAACCACUUGUUCGAAGUCUACGUCAAGAUCAACGCUGACAUGAAGAAGGAAAUCGAGGAAACUGGUUCCAGUGCCACGGAUGACAAGGCCAGAGACCACUUCAGAAAGAUGGAAGCCGGUGAUGAGACCGCUCUUGCUAUCUGGAAGAGAUUCAGAGACUUGUCCAUCGAGAAGUAUAUCGACACCUACGCCCGUCUUAACAUCGCAUUCGACCAAUACUCUGGUGAGUCCCAAGUGAGCAAGGAAACCAUGGCUGACGCCAUGCAAUUGUUCGCUGACAGAGGCUUGAUCCACGAAGACAGAGGUGCUAAGCUUAUUGACUUAAGCAAAUUCAACAAGCACUUAGGUAAGUGUUUGGUGCAAAAGUCCGAUGGUACCUCCAUUUACGUUACUCGUGAUGUUGGUGAGGCCAUCAAGCGUUACAACACUUACAAGUUCGACAAGAUGAUCUAUGUCAUUGCCAACCAACAAGACUUGCACGUCAAGCAGUUCUUCGAAAUCUUGAAGCAAAUGGAUUUCGAAUGGGCCAAGAACUUGGAGCAUGUCAACUUCGGUAUGGUCGAAGGUAUGUCCACCAGAAAGGGUACUGUUGUCUUCCUUGACCACAUCUUGGAAGAAACUAAGGAAAAGAUGCACGAAGUCAUGAAGCAAAACCCAGCCAAGUAUGCCUUGAUCGAAAACCCAGAACACAUUGCUGACUUGGUGGGUAUUUCUGCCGUCAUGAUCCAAGAUAUGCAAUCCAAGAGAAUCAAUAACUACGAGUUCAAGUGGGAAAGAAUGUUGUCCUUUGAAGGUGACACCGGUCCUUACUUGCAAUACGCCCACUCCAGAUUGAGAUCUGUGCAAAGAAACUCCAAGAUCGAAGAAUCUGAGUUGUUGGAUGCCAACUUUGACCUCUUGGUUGAACCAUGUGCCGCCAACUUGAUCAGAACCUUGGCUCAAUACCCAGACGUCAUUCAAAGAGCCUUGAAGACACACGAACCAUCAACCAUUGUCACCUACUUAUUCAACUUGACACAUAUUGUAUCCCAAUGUUACGAUAUCUUGUGGGUUGCUGGUCAAGAGAAGGAUUUGGCUGUUGCCCGUUUAGCAUUGUACGCCUCUGCUAGACAAGUGUUGUACAACGGUAUGACCUUGUUGGGCUUGACUGCUGUGGAUAGAAUGUAAGCCAGACACGUAAAUAGAAGAAACAAACAGAAAAGUAACUAACUAGAAGUACCAAUGAAGAGCUGGAUGGUGCCCAAGGCGUAGUGUACAGAUGGGUCCUGGCAACCGCCGAGGAUUCUGUGUAAUCAUGCUUAAAUAAUAAUAUCGGUCAUAAACUGAUCAUUUUCAAUGUCGGUAGAAAGCGAUUGCAACAAGCAUGAAAACUAGUACAAG